CAGUUGUUAUCCAGCUGUGUUGAGCAGCAGCAGCAGCAGCAGCAGCUUGAUGUUCGGCUCCUAGUAAAGGGUGAAAAACCCGCACUGACUCGGGAGGGUAAAAUCUAACAAGCGAAUGAACAAACAGCUUUUGCUUCGCUUCACCUAUAAAGGACUUGUGAGAAAAGGGAAGAAGAGUAAAAGAAGAAAAUGGCUUAUUUUAAACUGCGCAAAGCUGAACCCAAAGACGUGUCUGACAUACUGCGACUGAUAAAGGAACUUGCUAAAUUUGAGGAAAUGGAGGAUCAGGUCAUGUUGACUGAGAAAGAUUUGCUUGAAGAUGGAUUCGGAGAUCAUCCUUUCUACCACUGUCUCAUUGCAGAAGUUUCCCCUGAAAAACAAAUGAUUAAAGGAUCUGACACGUUUGCAGGUUCCUCUGUGAUCGGUUUUGCGAUGUACUACUUCACGUAUGAUCCGUGGAUUGGAAAGCUGCUCUAUCUGGAGGAUUUCUACGUGAUGUCCGAGUACAGAGGUUUUGGAAUCGGCUCCGAGAUCCUGAAAAAACUAAGUGAGACGGCGGUGAAGACGCGCUGCAACAGCAUGCACUUCAUCGUGGCCGAGAACAACCACGCCUCCAUCAACUUCUACAAGCGGCGCGGGGCGUCUGAUCUCUCUCUGGAGGAGGGCUGGCGUCUCUUCAGGCUCGACAAGCAGUCCUUGCUAAAACUGUCCUCCAUCGACUGAGCUGGUCCCAGUACUAGAGUCCACGAGGAGGAGGAGAAAGAGACGAGGCUGUUCUGUCCUUUCUUAGUUAACAUUGGGCAUUUAUCAAAGCAAACAAUCAUAGUAUUUUAGAUCAAGUAAAUUUUCUUUUAAGACUGAGAUCUCAGUGUGAGAACAUGCUAAAUACAUGCUUUUAUUUGGUGGUUGGGAAAAUAAUCUGCUUAAUAUUAGAUUAAUAUCUGCUUUUAAAUUGUCUUUACUUAAUACAUUCAAAUGUCUUUAGAUGUCUUAAUAGAAAAUUUACAUUUAUUCACUUAACCGAUUUAAACUUCACCUGUAAUUUACUGAUUACACACAUUGAUUAUACACAUGUUUGUAAUAUGAAUAUAUUUAAAGGCUAAAAUGCAUGUCAAUGUUUAUUCUUUGUUCUUGAAUAUGAAUGAAUGCAUAUUUCCUUCAUGUAUGUACUUGAUUUACCUGACAGUAAAUGUGAAAAUCAAGAAUUGGAGUAAAAUUUAAGAAACGACUGAACAAAAUAAAACACUUAGUGGUGCUACUGGUGUGAUUGGAUGUUUGUUCUUAGAGACAUUUAAUAAUUAGACCUUGUAUCCCAACUACUGUUUCACUGACGUUUUCCCAUGUUUCAAUCAUUCUAAACAAAAUUACUUGCAUGAAAAAUCAUGUUUACCUUUAUGUGUCCUGUAUAAAAAGAAAUCUCUCCUCGA